AUGGGGAAGUUGAAGAAAAUCUUUUAUAAAGUUAAAGAAGAUGCAGAGGAAGAUGCUACUCAGUCUAAUACAAACACAGAAAGUCAAGAAAAACAUAAUGAUGAGCAAGAAGAAACUGUUGAAAAGAGAACCAGCGGGAACAUGGAGAAGGGGACUAGAAAGCUCGAGAAUAAGGAAGAAGAGCUAAGUGCUUUGAAAAGAGAAGUUGAGGAGAAAGAAAAGGAAAUUGGCAAAAUAAACGAAGAGAAGGGGGAUGUGUUAGAGGAAAAUAAGGUGCUGAAAAUUGAGAAAGCCUCCCUGAAUUCACGAGUGAAGCAAUUGGAGAGCAUAGUGAUGGAACUUAUUGAGAAGUUUGAGUCACCAAUAGCACGUCCAGGUGAUGACAAUGACUCAAUUCUUCCUCCCCCACCGCCCAGUUUCCCUCCGCCAAAAUCAAAGGCCCCUCACGACAAGCCAACUGACAGCAAGCACUCCAAAAACACAAAAUCUUAA